GAUUCCCAAGCGUCGCAGAAGUUGGGCGAGUGCUGGAGAAAUUUGUGAAAAUCCUGCGGAAAAAGGAUACAGACGUGGUGGAAAGUAGUGUAAAAGUGAGAAGCUGCAUUUGAGCUACGAAGUGAGACAUGGUUGGAUCGCGUGUCUACGUGGGCGGUUUGCCGUACGGCGUGCGUGAGCGCGACUUGGAGCGCUUCUUCAAGGGCUACGGCCGGACCCGAGACAUUCUCAUCAAGAACGGAUAUGGAUUUGUGGAGUUUGAGGACUACAGAGAUGCAGACGAUGCGAUAUAUGAGCUGAACGGGAAGGAGUUGCUGGGCGAAAGGUCUUCUUCCAGAGUCGUUGUUGAGCAGGCGCGAGGCCAGGCGAGAGGUGGUCAUCGCGAUCGCUAUGAUGAUCGUUAUAGUCGCAGGGGGCGCUAUUCUGAUAAAUCAUCAUCUCGCUAUGGACCACCUUUGCGCACGGAGUAUCGCUUGAUUGUGGAGAAUUUGUCGAGUCGCGUGAGUUGGCAGGACCUGAAGGAUUACAUGCGCCAGGCUGGUGAAGUGACUUAUGCUGAUGCUCACAAGCAGCGUCGCAAUGAAGGAGUCGUUGAAUUUGCCUCGAGUACCGACAUGAAGACGGCAAUUGAGAAGUUGGACGACACUGAGCUGAAUGGACGUCGCAUUCGUCUGGUGGAGGAUCGGCGAUCGGGACGCGGUGGCGGUGGACGUGGCAGAUCACGAUCGUCGAGCAGUCGCUCGCGCUCACGCUCACGUAGGCGUUCACGCUCACGUUCGCCACGUUCCAAGACCCGCAGUCGCUCCAAGUCACGCGGACGCUCCAAGUCCAAAUCGGCAGUCAAGUCACGCUCGCGAUCCCGCUCCAAGAAUUCUCGUGACAAUUCCAAAUCCAAGUCUCGUUCGCGUUCACUGAAGCGUGAUUCGCGCUCACGAUCGCGUUCUGCUAAGCGUGAUCGUGACACACGUUCACGAUCGCGAUCACGAUCAAAGUCCGUUAACAACAGGAAGUCAAUGUCGAGGGAUCGUUCUGAUCGCUCUGAGGAAAAAGAUCGCAAAUCACGUUCGGAGUCGCCAAAGAACAAUGGAGGAUCGCCUGGACACAAUGAGAGCAUGGAGGAUUAGAUAAGCCAUGUUUCUUUUCUAUAUUGAAUUAACAAGAAAAAAAGAGGAAGAAGAAAUAACAUUUGAUCAACUUUCCGUGUAUGAGAAAUUAUGCAAAUUGAUCCGCAUAAGAUUUUUUUUUAAUAUAAAUUUCUAAGUGAAGAAAUAAUUGUGUCCAAUUCGCGAUGAUUUAUAUUUGAUGUUAAUAAAAAUGUGCAGAGUUUCUUGUACAUGAAAAGAAAGAGAAAAACAACUAAAUAUAUUGAGUGUGUAUUUAGGAAUGGGGAUUAAAAUUGGCAUUCAU